UUAAUCAAGCUUCAGGCCCCUUACUAAAUUUAAGUUAAAACCCACAAUUAAAUGCAAAUAAAGUAAAUGUUAAUCAUUAAACAGCUGCUUGUAGCAAAAAAUAACGGCACUUUAUAGUCGCUCUCUCCGAUCCUGCCGCUCUCUCGCACUCCUUUUGGGUGCCCAGCUGUCUAGUAAAAGGAACACAUUUACAUUUCCCAUUUUUGGGCGCAGUUGCAAAAGUUACGUGAAAAGGCGAAGGACAACAGUUACUACUUACAACAAACCGUGUGUGUGUUCGGAAAAAUAAUUGUAAAAAAGAAAAGAAUUUAAUAGCAAAGAACAAGGAUUUUGGGCGCAUUGGAAAAAGUGCAAAUAUGACAAAGGCUGCAAAAUGUGUACAAAUUAGCAAAGCCACUGGAAGAAGAAGAAGAGCAUAAGGAAGAGGGUGCAACAAUAAUAAACAACAACAACAACAACAACAGACUUCAUUGUCAACAUGACAAACGCCAGCUGAAACGCUACGUGGAAGACGCUAAAGUCGGCGGUGGUUUGGUGGUUUAUUAGCAUUCCCCCCAAGAAGACACCCGUAGGUUAGAGAGUGUGUGAUCACCAUGCGACGUCCAAAAAUAUCCCUCAAGAAGUACUUUUAUUUCACACUGAUCUGCGCCCUCCUCCUCAUAUUCGGUUUCAAUAUCAAAGAGCACGAAAUAUGGAAGACUCGGACUCCCCGGUCUGCCCUUAUAACCACACAACAGCAGCUGCAUCAACUGCAAUCCCUGGAUGAGGAGCAUACACUGGCCACUAGCACCACACCUCCACCAGCAGCAGCUGCCACACUGGUGCCCGAAAGCAGUGCCAAUCUCGUCGAGGAGCCAGAACAGGCGGAACUCCAGGAUGAGGGGGAUUUAGAGGAGAGCGAAGCGGAUAGACAACAGGAAUCAACACUGGCUAAGCCUUGGUUCUUUAAGAAUGGCGAAUACUAUCCAAAACCGGCCAAAACCUACAGUAAUCGCAAGGCCCGAAAGCGACAUGCUCCCCGACUGUUGCCUCAUCAGGAUCCUCACUCUGAUCGGAUCACCAAUCAGCUGAUGUACGUGCCGCACAACUAUGAACAGAUCAAGGAGAGCGGCAAACUAAAGACCAUCCUGCUGUUCAAUGGCCUCGGUCCCUGGAAUGUGAAGAAGGGUCGUGAUGUCUUCCUAAAAGCCAAGUGUCCGGUGGACACCUGUGAACUGACUGCCAAUCGGGAUCUGGUUAGCACGGCCGACAUGAUCCUGUACAAGGAUCAUUACAUACCCACGGGCAUAAGGAGGCCCAGCAACUCCAAGCAGGUCAGCAUGCUGUAUUACCUGGAGUGUCCUUAUCACACGCAAAAUGUCAAGGUGCCCGAUGCCAUCAACUGGACGGCGACCUAUAGACGUGACAGCACUAUAGUGGCGCCUUAUGAGAAGUGGCAGUACUACGACACCAAAGUCCAACAACAAGAGCAGGAUCAAAAUUAUGCGGUCAACAAGACCAAGAAGGUGGCCUGGUUUGUGUCCAACUGUGGGGCCAGAAAUGGACGGCUUCGUUAUGCCCAUGAGCUGCAAAAGCACAUAGAGGUUGACAUCUAUGGGGCAUGUGGCAACUUCAAGUGUUCCCGCAGCACGGCGGACAAGUGUUUCGAGAUCCUCGACAACGACUACAAGUUCUACCUGGCUUUUGAGAACUCCAACUGCAAGGACUACAUCACUGAGAAGUUCUUUGUGAAUGCCUUGAAUCGUAGGGUUCUGCCCAUUGUGAUGGGCGCUCGACCCGAGGACUACGAGGUGAGUGCUCCGCGUCGUUCCUAUAUCCAUGUGGACGAGUUUGCUUCGCCCAAGGAGCUGGCGGAGUAUCUGCGGAUUCUCGAUCGCGACGAUGAGCUGUACAACUCGUACUUCAAGUGGAAGGGCACUGGUGAGUUCAUCAACACGUACUAUUGGUGUCGCGUCUGUGCCACCCUGCACAACGAGGAGCAGUUGCGGAAACCGCGAUGGUACAGUGACCUCAACGACUGGUGGCGGGGAGCGGGCGUGUGUACAACGGGUUCUUGGAGGAACUUUAAGGCGCGCAAGGAUGUAAUCAGCGAUGACUGAGUGCGAGUUGAGGAGGCCAUACAGAUUGUGGGCAUGGCGUAGAUCACACAUUUCAUCAUCAUCACAUAUUCAGUGAGUCCCUUUUCGCUUCUGAAUUGUUUUUGUUUUGUAGAGGGAAAAACAACCCAUCCCAUCCCAUCCCUCCCUUUGCUAACCAUGUGUAAAGUGUCGCUUCGUUUUAGCCGGAGUUUAACGUAAAUGUUUUUGUAGUUAGUUAGUAAGUAAAGCAGGGAUGAAAUAAGGAGGAGAAACGUUUAAACACUAGCCCCAUAGACUAACGAAGAUCCCGGUGCAGAUCGUUGUAACAUAUACAAUAUACCAAACCAGAGACGCAUAAGAAAAACCUAGAAACCUAGCCUAUAGUUAUUAUAUACGGAUAUACAAA